UCUUUCAUUUCGAUACCUCGUAAUUUCGCUUUCAUUUUCUCUCUCUGCCUCUUCUAAAUUUUCACAGAACCGGAACGUCGCUGAAACUCAAACAACGGUGAUCUGGCAUCGAAGAGACAACAGUAUUUCGAUUUUCGAGUCUCUCUGUGCUUCGAACUCAGCUAUGGCUCCUUCUCUCAACGACAAAUCAGAAAAAGUCGCAGAGGAGUCCAUGGCUUCCCAACUUCAAAACCGCCCCAUCUCCACCAUCGUCAUCAUCAUCGCUAUGCAGACUGAAGCGCUUCCUCUGGUGAACAAGUUCCAGCUUUCUGAGGAUCCCGAUUCUGUGUUUCCAAAAGGGGUACCUUGGGUCCGAUAUCAUGGUAUUUACAGAAAUUUGAAUAUUAAUAUUAUCUGGCCUGGACAAGACACAGUUUUGGGGGUUGAUUGUGUAGGCACGGUUUCUGCAUCUCUUGUGACCUAUGCUGCCAUUCAAGCAUUACAGCCAGACCUUAUCAUAAAUGCUGGCACUGCAGGUGGUUUUAAGGCAAAAGGAGCUUGCAUUGGUGAUGUGUUUCUUGCAUCAGAUGUUGCCUUCCAUGAUAGGAGAAUCCCUAUCCCUGUUUUUGAUCUGUAUGGGGUUGGUUUGCGGCAAGUUUUCUCAACUCCCAAUCUUUUAAAGGAUCUCAACCUUAAGAUUGGCAAAUUGUCUACCGGAGACUCUCUAGAUAUGUCUCCACAGGAUGAAGCAUCCAUCAUUGCAAAUGACGCAACAAUUAAAGACAUGGAGGGAGCAGCAGUUGCUUAUGUGGCUGAUCUUUUGAAAAUCCCUGCAAUUUUUAUAAAAGCUGUGACCGAUAUUAUCGAUGGUGACAAACCAACCUCUGAGGAAUUCCUGCAAAAUUUAGCAGCAGUGACUGCUGCACUUGAUCAAGCAGUCACCCAAGUUGUUGAUUAUAUCAGUGGGAAGUGCCUACCUGAACUUUGAUCCAUUGUAUUCUUCUCCUAUUCAUAUGUCAGCAGACCAAUACUUGUUCAAAUCGUCUGGUCAUAUUCAUUCUAUAAAAAUGUCAUGCCUGAUUUAAUAGAUUGUGAUUUCCAGGUAUAAACAUUGUUUGUAAUGGUCUUUACAGUCUUAGUACGUAUGUGUUUGUUGAAGAGCCAAACGGUUUUUAAUCACUAUUUGUGAAUUUGUUCAUGUAGUGACAUGUUUGUGGGCAAUUGCUUGUCUGCCUUCUAUUGCAACAUAUAGAGCUGAUUCUUACUUAACUAGUCAUCUAUUUAUUGUAAUAUUACUUGCUUUUUCCA